UUUUCCUCUAACUUUCCCCUGGCUAUCGGUUUUCGCAAUCAAGCAGUCAAGAUGGCUGUGGCGAGGCCUAUACGCAUGCUAGGUGCAGCAUGCAUUCUACUGUGCCUCUUUCUGAUCUUUCAGGUCAACAAAAGUCACGGCCCAUCCUUCAUUAGUAAGGGGUCAAAAGAGUAUAAUGGCAUGAAGAGAGAUCCCCUUUUAGAUCCGACGGGCGAACCCGAAGGUCAUUUAUGGCGAGCCGACAGCAACGACUAUGCCCCCAACAGCGCCCAUUCCGCCCGCACGAACGCUGCUCUCAUUUCCCUCGUCCGUAAUGAAGAGCUGGACGAUCUUAUCCCGACGAUGAAAGACUUGGAGCGGACAUGGAAUGGCAAAUUCAAUUACCCCUGGAUCUUCUUCAACGACAAGCCCUUUACGGAAGAAUUCAAAAAGCGCACACAAGCAGAGACGAAGGCCAAGUGCUAUUACGAGCAAGUGCCAAAGGAACACUGGGACCCUCCGGAAUGGAUCAACAUGGAACUCUUCCGCGAGUCUGCGGCGAUUCUGACUGAGCAGAAGAUUCAGUACAGCGACAAGCUCUCGUAUCAUCAAAUGUGCCGGUGGAACAGUGGCAUGUUCUACAAGCAUCCCGCCCUUAAGGACUACAAGUACUACUGGCGUGUUGAGCCGAAGGUCCAGUUCUUCUGCAACGUUGAUUACGAUGUGUUCCGAUUCAUGGAGGAUAGAAACCUUACUUAUGGUUUCACCAUCAAUCUUUUCGACGAUCCCAAAACUAUUCCCACCCUCUGGCCAGAGACUAAGAAGUUCCUGGCUGCAAACCCCUCUUAUCUCUCCAGCAACAACAUGAUGGGAUGGUUGACGGACGACUCACUGCGGCCAGACCACACGGAGGCGGCGAAUGGAUACUCUACCUGCCACUUCUGGUCGAACUUUGAAAUCGGUGACUUGGAUUUCUUCAGAGGAGAGCAGUACGAUGCCUACUUCAACCAUCUUGACCGUGCCGGUGGUUUCUUCUACGAGCGAUGGGGCGACGCUCCAGUUCAUUCGAUUGGUUUGGGACUGUUUGCGGACGCAGCCAAGGUUCACUGGUUCCGUGACAUUGGAUACAAUCACAUUCCCUACUACAACUGUCCCAAUUCACCCAAGUGCUCUAAAUGCACCCCUGGGCAAUUCUACGCGGGCGCACCCUUCCUCGCCAAGGAAGACUGCAGACCCAGCUACUUUAAGCAUGUGGGGAUGCAUUGACCCGCGAAAAUGUUUCUUCCUUAAUUUCUGAAGAUUCAUCAUAUGGAAUGCAAUGUGUAUAACUGCAGAGGCAACUGUCAUGACCCACACCAUAUAUCAGACCCAGCAUUGAUGACGAUGAGUGCUUGAAACCCUUUUUUUCCAAGAUCAUAGUGGCGUUCCCAGGGGGUGGUUCUGAGUUUCUUGUUGUAUCUUCUUUGUCUUAAUGCUUGUCAUUUAUAUGUCAGCCGUGUGUUGCUACCUUGAGAGGAUCGCUGGACCGGCCU